GGCCUUCCCUGUGGGGUCGAAUGUGACUUACAGGUGUAACCCAGGCUUCAAGCUGAAGGAGGGCACCUCCCCAAAGAUCACCUGUAACUCAGACUUGAAAUGGUCACCGCUGCAGACUACCUGUGAACGAAAAUCCUGUGGAAGUCCUGGAGAAAUCCUGAAUGGACGUUACAAUGCAACGGGGAACAAAUUUGGAGACAAGGCUACCUUCUUCUGUGACACGGGUUGUGACAUGCUCAGAAGCUCCGGCCAUCGGUAACGGCUCUGUUUCCGGUCGUGGUGACAGUGAGUUCUGGGAGCACGGCAUGACGGCGAAGUAUUCCUGUAAACUUGGCUUCUCGCUGAUCGGGUCGGCGGAGGUGACCUGCAAGGCGGACGGACAGUGGAGCUCAUCGCCACCAUCGUGCAGAGCGGGUGUAUGUGGAAAUCUCCCAUCUUUGGAAAACGGGUCACCGAGGGAUGAAUAUAUUUCCCAGGCCUUCCCUGUGGGGUCGAAUGUGAUUUACAGGUGUAACCCAGGCUUCAAGCUGAAGGAGGGCACCUCCCCAAAGAUCACCUGUAACUCAGACUUGACCUGGUCACCGCUGCAGACUACCUGUGAACGAAAAUCCUGUGGAAGUCCUGGAGAAAUCCUGAAUGGACGUUACAAUGCAACGGGGAACAAAUUUGGAGACAAGGCUACCUUCUUCUGUGACACGGGGUACAACUUGGUGGGUCGGGACACCAGGCUGUGUGAGGACAGCGGGUGGAGCGGCCAGGUGCCUACCUGUGAAGUUGUGACAUGCUCAGAAGCUCCGGCCAUCGGUAACGGCUCUGUUUCCGGUCGUGGUGACAGUGAGUUCUGGGAGUACGGCAUGACGGCGAAGUAUUCCUGUAAACUUGGCUUCUCGCUGAUCGGGUCGGCGGAGGUGACCUGCAAGGCGGACGGACAGUGGAGCUCAUCGCCACCAUCGUGCAGAGCGGGUGUAUGUGGAAAUCUCCCAUCUUUGGAAAACGGGUCACCGAGGGAUGAACAUAUUUCCCAGGCCUUCCCUGUGGGGUCGAAUGUGAUUUACAGGUGUAACCCAGGCUUCAAGCUGAAGGAGGGCACCUCCCCAAAGAUCACCUGUAACUCAGACUUGACCUGGUCACCGCUGCAGACUACCUGUGAACGAAAAUCCUGUGGAAGUCCUGGAGAAAUCCUGAAUGGACGUUACAAUGCAACGGGGAACAAAUUUGGAGACAAGGCUACCUUCUUCUGUGACACGGGGUACAACUUGGUGGGUCGGGACACCAGGCUGUGUGAGGACAGCGGGUGGAGCGGCCAGGUGCCUACCUGUGAAGUUGUGACAUGCUCAGAAGCUCCGGCCGUCAGUAACGGCUCUGUUUCCGGUCGUGGUGACAGUGAGUUCUGGGAGCACGGCAUGACGGCGAAGUAUUCCUGUAAACCUGGCUUCUCGCUGAUCGGGUCGGCGGAGGUGACCUGCAAGGCGGACGGACAGUGGAGCUCACCGCCACCAUCGUGCAGAGCGGGUGUAUGUGGAAAUCUCCCAUCUUUGGAAAACGGGUCACCAAGGGAUGAACAUAUUUCCCAGGAUGCCUUCCCUGUGGGGUCGAAUGUGACUUACAGGUGUAACCCAGGCUUCACGCUGAAGGAGGGCACCUCCCCAAAGAUCACCUGUAACUCAGACUUGAAAUGGUCACCGCUGCAGACUACCUGUGAACGAAAAUCCUGUGGAAGUCCUGGAGAAAUCCUGAAUGGACGUUACAAUGCAACGGGGAACAAAUUUGGAGACAAGGCUACCUUCUUCUGUAACACGGGGUGA